UUGGAUAUACCAUAUAUUAUUUCCUAGUGUUGAGGUGUCCAUAUAACAUUAAUGUUUCUCUUAUUAACACUUUUCAACGCGUAAAAUUUUCAAAGAAAUUCAAUCACAUGCAUAUCUCAUUAAUUAUUAAAGGACAAGCUUUUAAAGCUCUCUACCAACAAAGAUGGGAAGAAAAGUAUUAGCUAAUAGCUAGCACUACACACACACACUACCAAAUCUAAUAAAUAUUAUAAAUAUAUAGAUUGUUCAGCACCACACUUUUCUAUAUAUAUAUAUAUAUAUAUAUAUAUAUAUAUUUACAAGGUUUAUUAUAUAUCUUCAUUGAAAUCUAGCUUGUGUUCUAUUUAUCUGUAUAAGAAAAUGAGUGGGUUAAGUUUAUUGUAUGUAGUUUUGAUUAUUGGAGGAGUAUUAUUACCUAGUUCAUCAUAUGGUCAAUUAAGUACAACAUUUUACGACCAAACAUGUCCAAAUGUUACCAAUAUUAUCCAAGAUAUUGUUGCUGAUGUUCUCAAUAAUUCUGACCCUAGAAUUGGAGCUAGCCUCAUUAGGCUUCAUUUCCACGAUUGUUUUGUUAAUGGUUGUGAUGGAUCAGUGUUGUUGGAUAAUGACCCAGCAAAUGGGAUAGUGAGUGAGAAAGAUGCUGUGUCAAACAGAAACUCAAUAAGAGGAUUUGAGGUUGUUGAUAGAAUCAAGGCUGCUUUAGAACAAGCUUGUCCUCAAACUGUUUCAUGUGCUGAUCUUCUUACAAUUGCUUCUGAACGAUCUGUUUUUCUGUCAGGAGGUCCAGAAUGGAGAAAUCUAUUAGGAAGAAGAGAUGGGAGAAUAGCCAAUCAAACUGGUGCCAAUGGACUUCCAGCUCCCUUUGAAACCCUAGAUAUACUCCAGAGAAAAUUUAGGGAUUUAGAUUUGAACACUACAGACCUAGUUGCCUUAUCAGGUGCUCAUACAUUUGGAAGGGGUCAAUGUGGAACCUUCAGUGGAAGAUUAUUCAAUUUUAGUGGCACAGGUGCUCCUGAUCCAACCAUAGAGGAAAACUACUUGAGAUUAUUACAAGAUCUAUGUCCUCAAGGAGGAAACGCCUCUAUCUUAACAGAUUUAGACCCCACCACACCAGAUUUGUUUGACAGAAACUACUACUCAAAUCUUCAACAACACAUGGGAUUGUUCACAAGUGACCAAGAGCUGUUUUCAAGCCCAUUAGCAGCAAAUGACACUCUUCCUAUUGUUAACAACUUCAGCUCAAACCAAACUGCUUUCUUUGAAAGCUUUGUUGUUUCUAUGAUCAAAAUGGGAAACUUGAGUCCACUCACUGGUUCUAAUGGUGAAAUUAGAUUGGACUGCAAAAGGGUUAAUAAUGUUUCACUUUCUACCACUACAACUACUACUUCUGGUAGAAGUGCUUAUGUUUCCUCCAUGUAAUGAUUUACUUAUAAUUAAGAUCCAUGCAUGCAUGGAUUAUGCUUUGGUCUUAAUUAAUAAUAUGUAAUAAUAAGUUGAUAUAUAUGGCAUUGUAUCAUAUUGUUAUGUGUUUAAAUUUUGAUAAAUAAUGGUACUUUUCAA